GUUACCUGCCCCAACAUGGUUCGUCGGGGAGUAAAUUCUGCGGCCAACAAUACGACGGAGACGGGGCGGCUAUUGGGUUCGGCUUCUGACGAAGAGGAUUACGAAGACGAUUCAUCUAGCCUUGUCCCUGGCUUAAAUGACAUAUACGAAUAUCAGCAGGAUAGGAUAGGCGUGAAAGUAGCCGCGACUGCCUGGUCGUUCAUUGUGCUGGGACUAUUCGUAUCCACAAUCGGCGUCAUAAUCCCUCAUCUCCAGCAAGAUUAUCAGCUCGAUGACAUACACGUGUCUUCGAUAUUCCUUGUUGGCCCGCUUGGCUACUGUUUUGCUUCAUCGCUGAGCAACCGAAUUCACCGUAGGCUCGGGCAGAGGGGUAUAGCCAUCAUUGGCCCGGCAUGCCAUUUCUUUUAUGCGGCCACUGGCGCACUUCAUCCCCCAUUUUCAAUGUUCCUUGUUAGUGUCGGAAUCGGCUCGUUUGGUAUGGGACUCUUGGACGGCUCUUGGUGCGCCUGGGUCGCCGGACUAAAGAAUGCAAACACACUGUCGGGCAUUUUGCAUGGCUCGUUUUCAAUUGGUGCUGCUAUCUGCCCAUACAUUGCCGGCAUACUGUUUUCGGAAAACAAUGGCCUAUGGUACCAGUGGUUCUAUGUACUGGUACUCCUGGUUCUGUGCCUAGCAUUCAGGCACGAAGACGCGGAGAGAUACCGCAACAUUCAAUCCGAUCCCAACCAGCAACUUCUCGUCAAUCUAGAUGAGAGGGAGAUUUUGAAUUACAGUGCCACCUGGGUUUACUCAGCAUAUCUCCUCGCAGACGUGGGUACUGAAAGUACAGUAUCCGGCUGGGUCGUGGCAUUCAUGUUACGCGUUCGGCACACUAGCAUAUAUAUAUCGAGUGUCUGCUCUUCCGGCUUCUGGGUAGGCAUGGCAGUUGGCCGUCUGGCCUUGGGGCUCGUGACAGACAAGCUAGGCGCUCGCCGGGCAGUAAUCAUGUAUCUUCUCCUUACGCCCGUCUUCAUCGUUAUUUUUACACUUGUCCGAGUUCUGUGGGUAUCUGUACUUACCAUGUCGGUUGUUGGAUUUUUUAUGGGACCGUUGUUUCCAUCUUGUAUUGUUCAAUUGCUCAACCUUUUACCUAGAGGACUCCAUGUUGGGGCUGUUUCUUUUGUGGCCUCGGUUGGCCAGAUUGGCGGGGCGAUACUUCCAUAUCUUCUGGGAGUUAUUACGCAGGCUAUAGGGCUGUGUGUAUUCCCUUACAUGCUCCUAGCGCAAUUCAUGGUUAUGCUCCUCAUCUGGACGUUGUCGUUGACGCUUUCUAGAAAGGAGGUUGAAGUUGAGGAAGAGAGGCAGGUUGACCAAGCUCAAUGAGACUGCCCCGC